GGUUUCCCGCGCGGGACUCUGGGAGUCUUCCGGGGUCCUCCCGCGCACUGCGGCCCCGCGCCUCUUCCGCCCGGAAGUUCCGCUCCCCGCCGGGUCCCGGCGCCGUGGGUCCGCUGCCGCCGAGGGCUCUGGCUUGUGCUCCGCGUCCCCGAAGUUGUCUUUUCUAGCUGCUGUGUAGAGAGCUUCCAACCAGUGAAUCCAGGAUCUGGGAGCAAGCCACAGCAGUCUUGUCAUGACUCUAGUCCAUUCGCCUUCUCUCCCAGCUAUUUUUCCAGAGUCCUCUGCUUUUCCAAGAGCAACAGAAGAUGAAUACAUCUCUGGAGUUGGUGUCGUUUGAGAAUGUGGCUGUGAACUUCACUUGGGAGGAGUGGCAGGACCUGGAUCAUGCUCAGUGGACCCUGUACAGGUUCGUGAUGCUGGAGACCUACAGUAGCCUGGCAUCUUUGGGGAACUGUAUGACAAAGCCUGAGGUGAUCAUCAGGUUGGAGCUAGGAGCAGAGCCAUGGAUUGUAGAGGAACCCCCAGCCCAGAGCCUCCCAGAUGUCCAGACUGCAAAUGACCUGAUGGAGACCCAACAGGAGCAUCAGAGCAGACGUUUGUGCCAAUUUGGAUUCUCCAACCAGGAAACAUCAACUGAGGAGAGAACCGACUUGGGAAAACCAGUUAAUUUGAGUGCAAUCCACAUCUCAAACCUGAUUAUAAAUGACGGAAACUAUUCAGGAACGAAGCCAGAGGAGUUUAACGUGUGUCAGGACAUGUUUCUCCCCAGUGAGCCUGAUGAGAUGCAUGAUAGAAAGAAGCCUGAGGACAGUUAUAUGACUGGGAAGCCCCUCAGGUGUUCUGGGCCUCUUAGUUGUCAUCAGAAGGAUCAGACUUUGCAGCCACUUGUUGAAUUUGUUGGGCAAGGGAAAGGCUUCAACAAGGAGACAACAUUCUUUACCUGUAGCAGGGCUUACACUGGAGAGACUGCCUAUAAAUAUUGGAGAGCCUAUGACAAAUCUGCUCUCCUUGCCCAAGAGAGAACUUCCAUGAGGGAGAAUCCCUGUAGAUAUAACGAAUGGGGGAACACCAUUUGUGUGAAACCAACACAACUGAAUCUUCCUAGAGCUGUUUCUGAGGAACAUCACCAUAAAUGUAAUCAAAGUGGGGAUAAUUCUGCAAGAAAUUACACCUCCCUCAGUUUUCAAGGACUCAGGAGAGAAAACUUUGAAUGUGAUGUAUGUGGUAAAACUUUCUACAAAAAGUCUAAUCUCAGUAAACAUCAGAAAAUAUACGCAGGAGAGAAACCCUAUAAAUGUAACGAGUGUGAAAAAACCUUCAUCAGUAAGACAGUUCUUACAAUCCAUCAGAGAACUCAUACCAGGGAGAAACCCUAUGCAUGUAUCAAAUGUGAGAAAUCUUUCUGCCAUAAGUCACACUUAACUGUUCAUCAGAGAAUCCACACAGGAGAAAAAUCAUAUGAGUGUUAUAUGAAUGUGGGAAAUCCUUCUCUGUGAAGACAAAACUCAUUGUACAUCUGAGAACACACACAGGGCAGAAACGCUAUGAAUGUAAUGUGUAUAGGAAGUUCUUUUACCAGAAGUCAGCCCUCACUGUACAUCAAAGGGUUCACAAUAGGGAGACACAUCAUGA